GCCAACCACAUCGCAACUCCUCCACAACUCGCGUGCACCAUCCGCGAAACUCCCCGCGCGGGCGCGCUCGGCACCCACCCGCACCACCUGACCCACGUACAUAUAUGCGCACACACGCGCCCGCCCCCACGCAGAUUACUGCUUGUUACAUGAGAGGUAGCUGGUGAUCUCGUCCGAUCCUGUUGGCAGCUGAUUGGCAGCGCAGUUUGGCAUGGUGAUGGGCAAGAAGUCGAGCAAGGCGGACGGCGCGCGGUGCAGGCGGCAUCCACGGCACCGGCAGGGGCCGGGCGUCUGCGCGUUCUGCCUACGGGAAAGCCUGUCCCACCUGUCCCUCUCGGCGUCGCUGCCGUCCGUCGUGCGCGGCUGCGGCGAGGAGGAGAGGUAUGAGGAGGGGGCGUCAUCCUGCUCGGAGGUGUCCACGGCGUACUCCUCGCAGGGGUCCAGCGGCGCGUCGUCGGAGUGCGCCAGCCCGGCCGCGCCGGAGUUCCACGACGAGAUUAUGAGGCACGCGGACAGGGUGUCGCUGCUGACGCGGGACGAGCGGGUCAUCGGGGACGCCGACGCGGUAGCGGUGUUCCUGCAGGCGAGGAGGGAGGAGAAGAGGAGGACGGCGACGAGCUUCUGGGCGAAGCUGCUGCACGCGACGAGGGGAGGAGGGAAGAAGCAGGAACGGUGCUCGCUGGCGCACUCCAAGACGCUCGAGGAGAGGGCCGCCUCGGCCAAGUGGGUCCUCUUCUGAUCAGGCCGUCUGGCCAUGCAUGCUUGCAUGCUGAUUAAUGUGGCUGUCGCUGUGGUGUUCUGGUUUGGUUAGUGACUUGAUUCUAGUUCUUGGACAAUUUUUUGGUUCUUUUGGUGCAUUUCGUUGGUGGUCUUGGCCUGGGUUUUGAAGGAGCAUGCAGGAGCUAGCUAAUAGCCAAGUUUUGUUAGAGCAUCUCCAACCAAGCCCUCUUCUCACCCCCUAUCCUACAUUUGAGGAAAAAACGAUGAAAAUUGAUCUCCAACCGACCCCUUAUCCGACCCCCUUUAUUUGAGGACCCCUCAAAUCUCCUCCCUCAUCCCCUACAUUUAGGGACUCCUCAUCCAACCCCUCAUUUGGGAGAGAGGGGAGAGAGAGAGAGGAAGAGAGGGGAGAGAGAAGAGAGAGAGUUACCGGAUAUUAAUAAAAUAGAGAUGAUUCGAAUAUAGGGGGUCAAAUAUGAGGGUCGGUUGGAACACGUUGCGAAAUAGGAGAUGAAAUCUGGAUGAGGAGCCCCUAAAUAAGAGGGAUAGGGGGUCAAAUAUGAGGGCUUGGUUGGAGAUGCUCUAAAGAUCCAAAGCGAAGAACAUGUACUUGAUCCGUUGAUCGAUAUUCGUUGAUUGGUUUUUUUUUACUUCACUA